AUGAAGCGAGUAAGCGGUCAGAAGAAAAAUGUUAGAAAGAAUCGGACUUUACGAGACAUUUCUUGCAAAGCAGGGACAUAUCCACACGAAGGCAUCUGCUGUUUAAAAUGCCCAGCAGGCACUUAUGUUAAGGAGCAUUGCACUGAAACAUUAAAGGAGGGAAGCUGUGAAGCAUGUGAUUAUGACACAUACACUGAACAUGAGAAUGGACUAAGUCAAUGUUUAUCAUGCACAAAGUGUCCUCCAGAUCAGAAGCCCACAAAAGUCUGCACGCGCAUCAGCGACACAGAGUGCCAGUGCAAAGAAGGCUCCUUCUGUCUUCCUCACCAUGCAUGUGAAGUGUGCAAGAAAUGUUCCAAAUGUAAAGAGGGUGAGUUUGAAAAGAAGCAAUGUACCCCCUCCUCCAACACCAUCUGUGAGAAGAGAGAAGCUGUGAACACCACAGCGAUUGUAGUUGUUGUAGUCAUCUUGCUACUAUUUGUGCUUGGAGGAGCCAUUGCCUUUUGGAAGACUUUGCCACAUAAAUUGAGAGAUGCUCUGAGAAGGAAAAAUACCCACCAGAGAAAUUUGGAGACGAAUGUUCAGGUGGUUGAGGACAGGCCCGUGACGAAGGCGCCGAUACACCGUGCCCUGAAGCAGUUGGUGGGUUCCGCGGCCACAGAAGACGAGGACACAGGCCUGGGAGAGAGCCUCCCUAACACGGCCAGCUCCUCGCAAGCCAGUUUGUCUGCGCUCCCUCCGCCUCCCUCCCACACACCCAUCUCCUGCAGCAGCAGCAGCAGUGGCAACAGCAGCUCCGCGCCUCCCAACCCGCUGACACAGCCUCUCCUUCGGGUGACAGAACAUACUCCAGAUAUUCCAAGACUCGUUCCUCUAAAUGGAGACGAAUCGUUGAGGAAAUCGUUCGACCUCUUUGAAGAGGUUGAUGUGCUGUUCCAUAAGAGAUUCUUUCGACAUUUAGGACUCACUGAUAAUGACAUCAGAGGCGUGGAGAAUAAUUGCUCAGACGACAAAAUGUAUGCACUCCUCCGAAUAUGGAUGGAAAGAGAAGGAAUGAAAGCCAGUAUUAAUAACCUCAUAGACGCAUUACUAUUCCUGGACCAGAGGUUUUCCGCUGAAAACAUAAUUGAAAAAGCAGUAGAGAGUAGUCUUUAUAAGUAUGAGGGGGCUUAACGUAUGAUUAAAGCCAUGCUAACAGAGUUGAUAUGGCCUUUGUAUAUUUGUUUGGAAAUUAACUUGAAUUUUUUUUUUUUUAAAUAAGUCAGUUGCACUGGCAUUUAUGGUUAAUUGUACAUGUGUAUGUUUUGUUUAGGUACAGUAUGUUAACCAAAAAUGGAGCAUAAAAUCAGGCUGUGAAUUAAUUUAAUGUAAAAAUGUCAUUGUAUACCCAUACAUAAAGUUCUGUGCAAUUUGUCUUAUUUAUUUUGAAAAAGUAUGAAGAAAUAGUGCCAGAGUAUGAAGUAAAUUAUUUAAUUGGAGAAAUCAUCAAUAUUUAACAUUUCGAUUUAAUUUCAGUUUCAAGUGUUUCAUCGAACAAAAUGGCACUGUUCUGUUAUAUUCUUUCAGCCAAAAGUUUGUCUCCCGCUCCUAGGCUUGAGAGUUAGUCAUAUGUAGUAAUCGUAUAUGUAAAUGUAUUUUAAGAAUUCAUGUCUCCUUUUGUAAAGUUUGAAUAACAUUUUUUAUCAAGAAACAUCUUUUUGGUGUUGUACUCAUCCAGUAUUGCCUUCAAUGCAGUACAUUUACAUAGUUUCUAUUUGUCCACAGAAAAUUCUGAAUUUGUUGUAGUGAAGCAAGGUAAUCAGUAAUUUAAUGGAACAGGCAGAUCUCUUAAUUACAAACAUUUAGACUGGUGAAUCUUUGAAUGUCAACCAUGUGUGGUAUAUAUCACUGAAGAAUAAACUAUAUGUUGCUUUGAAUAUUUUUUAUGUUAGGUUUUUUACUUGUCAUUUGGUAGCCCUGAAGUUGUAUUUGACUGUAUAUCUUUGACUGUGUCAUAUUUCCUGCCGCUGUAAUUUCUGUUGUAAGAAAAGAGCAAAACAAACAAGUCUAGGUUUUUUUCCAUUAUCUAGUGUGUUGUUAUCUCAGGGUUUACUGUUGUUUUGUAUCUUAGAGGUUGUCACAAUGAAAUUAAAAGUUAUACAUUCCCAUGUGAUAGGGCUUUCCUGUAAAUAAUAAUAAAAAAGAAUUCUGUAA